AUGUUGGCAGGGUCGCCGGUGCAUCACCGGCCGUUGAACCCAUUUGAUGAUAUGGUGUCCCAAGCGAUCUUGACGCGGCGACCGGGCAGCAGUCCACCGAACCAGCGUCCUGGUUGCGCGAGUUCGUCGUUCAAGCGGACAGCGGUGAGUGGCGACGCGUUGUUGAAGGUGCGUAAGACACUGAUGGGCGAUCACCCGGGGAACCACCCGGGGAACCACCCGGGGAACUACCCGGGGAACUACCCGGGGAACCACCGAGGUGAUGACGUGGGAGCGGAGGAGUAUUCGACGCUUGGUCGUGAGACUGGUGGUGAGCGAGAAGGUGUGCGAGAAGGUGUGCAAACGGUGAGCAAGACCAGCCGGGUGCGGAACGGUCGGUUGCGAAGACCGGGGGCAAGGAAGGCUGGCGAGAGUCUGGGUCGCCGUUGGGCGGUAAUGGCGCGACAUCCGGUAGUUUUGUUGAAUUAUUUCCGGGUGGUUGUCUGGUUACCAAUUUUAGUCUUCGUGAUAAUGCGUGCAGCACAAGGCCCAGACUGGCGCCACAACGAGUACCAGGUUCAUGAAGAUGGCUCUAGUCGUACGCUGCUUUCGCUUUCUGCCGUGGAGCGCGUCAUUCGUACUCAGGGCCUCCAGGGGGCCGCUACCGUGCAUGAACUGCCCAUUCCAUACAGUGCCGUUCUCGGCCGUAGCAGCUACUGUGACACGGAACGGCACAUGGAGCGCGCUAAGUCGCUUCUGGGUGAAGAUAACUAUCUCGACAUUGCCCGUGUUAAUCGCGAUCGUGCCUACAGACUCGCCGUCUACGACAUAUUGUAUGGCCCCACCUUCCGAGAUGUAGACUGCAGAUACAUACCCGCGCUUCGAACCGCUGGCCUUUGGGUACGGAUACUACUCCACUUCGCACUCUUCUUCCUCCUCGUCGAAUGGUUCAUCUCUCUCUGCCACAUUGUUUCCAAGCCCUUCCGCGAAAACGGGAACGCCGCCUACGAGUUCGCCACGGCGCCCGUGGAGGAACCCUCGCACGAUGAACUCAGGUGCGAUCGAGCGUUGACUAGCAGCGUGUUGACCAGCCAGGCCUUACCUAACCGUGUCUUGUCGAAUGAUACGGGUACAACGAACAAAGUACCUGACUUACUCCUGCCCAAGCAACGCGCGACUCACUCGCAGUCCAUGAGUCCAGGUCGCAGUCGUCGACUGUCAACAAAUGCGGGACUGGGCCACCCGAUGAUCGGGGGCCACCCGAUGAUCGGGGGCCACCCCAUGGUUGGUGGUGUGACCGGACAACCCGCUGGAUAUUCCACGGCCGCACUUCCGACGGGACGAAGAGGUACUUCGGUUCUGAACCAAGUGGCCACCACUACCGACACGCAGGGACCUUUGGCUUCUGGCGAGGAGCCGUCCAGCCAGCUGACAUCGGACUUGAUGGUUUCCGACCCGUUGUGCCUGGUCGCCGAUCCAGUGAUGGGCCGGGCGGGUGCCGGAGAUUCUCAAGAGGCUGGCCCUGAAUCACAGCGUGCACCAGACGUUCAGUGUGGUCUCCACGACCACGGACUGGACUGUGGCCUGGACGCGGGUGGGUCUCAUGAAGCAGAGUUGGACGACUCGGGGUUGGCAUUGCCAUCGUUUCUGAUGCCGUCGGAGGAGUGGAUCCCGAUUGAUAUGCAGGGCAGUCAAUCAGUGUCCGCAGGUGGUGGUCUGUGUGGAGGAGUUAUUUCGCGAGCUGGACAACGAAAGUGUCCGCGAGGGAAGCGGUGCAAGAGCGCGGCACAGAUAACGGUUUUGGGCGAGAACACAUUGGAGCGAGUGGCUUCUCGGACUUGGUGGAGGCCGCUGCAUGCUUUGUUGCCGCUGUUACACAUUGAAGUAAAGAAGGGUAACCGGCGCCAGUACUGCUUCGUCAGUCUACUAGAAGGCACUACCACGCUGCUUUCGCUCCUCUCCACUCUAUCUGUGCUUAGCGCUCUUGCUCUCUGGAGCGCCCGUACGGGUCAACCUGCCUGUCUAGACGCUAACGCCGAAUUGCACACGUGUGUGCACGGUAGCACACACACACUUGGUGCCUUCAGUCUCAUCCUCGCAGCCGCCAGCCUAACCUGUCACGUCUUCAGCGCACCCGCCUGCCAAGUUCUCGAACGCUGUGUCAACUCCUCCGUCGACGCCCGCGCCCUUGGUCCAGACAGACUCGGUCGAGACGCACUCGGUCGAGACGCCAAUCAAAAGCCCAACAUUUGCCGGGUCGAGACAUCCAGAUCCGCCCGCGACCGCCACAGCUUGCCACCUGGCCUUUAG